AAGAAGAAGCUCAGAGUGGAGGAGACACUGGGUUGAGCUACAGGCGCAGCAGGAACAUCUCAGACAGACAAGAUACCUGAGAGAUACCUGAGAAAUACCUGAAGACCAUCCGAGGAGCGUCUUCACCUGGAUUGGAUUAUCAGACCUGGUUUAUUUACUGAAGCGAGUUUCUGUGUUUUGGCUGCACUUGUUGACCCGCGGGCGGCGGGCUGGCUCUGUGCGCGGAGCUGCUGUUGGGGUUCAUAUCCCGGGCAGAGCGAGGCGCUGCUGCCGCUGCUGGAGCUCCGGAGCUCCGGGGCUGUGGCGCUGCUGAGCGGCGGGGCUGCCCGGCCAGGAGGACCCGAGCUCCGGCUUCUCCACCUACCCUCACCCGCUCUCCAUCCACCAUCCACCCACCGGCCAGGACACACAGAGAUCAUGCUGGAGCGCUGAGCGGCGCCGGACCCCAGAUCAACUGAGGGCUGGGAAUCUUCUGCAGGGGAGACUGAACAUCUGAGCCAGGCAGAACCGGAGCAGAACCGGAGCAGAGCCGGAGCAGAACCGGAGCAGAACCGGGAGGUGCAGGCGGGCGUUCGGUUGGAUCAGGAUCCGGACGAGGGAACAGGAAGGCUGGAUGCCAGCGUCCAUCAGCUCCAGCAGCUCCCAGGUGCCUCAGAGAUGGCCUCCAACUUCAAUGACAUCGUCAAGCAGGGAUACGUCCGCAUGCGCAGCAGGAAGCUGGGGAUCUAUCGGCGCUGUUGGCUGGUGUUUAAGAAGUCUUCCAGUAAAGGUCCUCGCCGGUUGGAGAAGUAUCCUGAUGAGAAGUCCGCCUACAUUAGAGCCUAUCCUAAGGUGACAGAAAUCAGUAAUGUGAAAAAUGUGACGAGACUCCCCCGCGACACAAAGAGACAAGCCGUCGUCAUCGUCUUCACUGAUGACACCUCUCGCACAUUCACCUGUGAAUCAGAGCUGGAGGCGGAGGAGUGGUUUAAGACUCUGUCGAUCGAGUGUUUGGGGACUCGGCUGAAUGAUAUCAGUCUGGGGGAGCCGGAUCUUCUGGCGGCCGGAGUUCAGUGUGAACACACAGAGCGGUUUAACGUGUUCCUGCUGCCCUGUCCGAACCUGGAUAUCUACGGCGAGUGUAUGAUGCAGAUCACCCACGAGAACAUCUACCUGUGGGACAUCCACAACCCCCGCACCAAACUGGUCACCUGGCCCCUCUGCUCACUGCGCCGCUACGGCCGCGACGCCACCCGCUUCACCUUCGAGGCGGGAAGGAUGUGUGACAGUGGGGAGGGGCUGUAUACGUUUCAGACGAGGGAAGGAGAGCAGAUCUAUCAGAGGGUUCACUCCUCCACCCUCGCCAUCGCCGAGCAGCACAAGAAGGUCCUGAUGGAAAUGGAGAAGAACAGCAGACUCCUUUCUAAAGACUCGGAGGCCGGUUCCUACCCCUGCACCCCCACCGCCAUCCUGCCACGCAGCGCCUUCUGGCACCACAUCACCGGGACGCAGGGAGGUGUGGACCCUGCUAACGGCGAGAUGUUCUCCGGCUCUCAGUCCGGAGCAGAAUCGGACCUCUUCACGGCACACCUUCCCCCGGAACACCAGAGCUCCACGCUGCCGGGGGGCACCAGCCGCCAACACUCAGCACACUACUCUACCUACCCCAGCCAGUGACGGGCGUCACGGACUGAACGCCGGGUUUUACAGGCUGCUGAACCUUCCUUUAAACUGAACCUGUUCCCGAUCCUUUUACCUGCCUCUGAUCGGCGGGGGCAGAUCUGACCGGGGGUUUCUCAGCUGGGGCGUGUGGUGCCGCCGCGCUGCCCGGCGCUGCCUCGGUGUGGCGGGUGGAGGAGCUGUGGCCGUUUCCUGAGAGGAGACGCUGUCCGGCGUGGAAUAAUAAACGGAUCGGGUGAUUCUGCUUCCAGACGUUUUCAGCGUUUUUCUCAUCGAUCUCUGACGGAACUCGAUGAUGAUUGGUCGGCCACAGACACGCCCUCAGUUUUUUACCUGGGCAGGUGCGGCACCGCUUUAGGUUUAAUAAGGCCUCUAUCUUUUUGUCCCUCAUGCACGGUCUCUGUCUCUGUCUCUGUGUGUUAGUGCAUGUCCGCUGUGACCGUGGAGGACUGACUGACUGACUGUCCUGAUUAGUAGCAGAGCUGCUCUCAGUGUAGAUCACUCACACCAUGCUGCGCUCCAUUCUGAUCAAAACUCAGAUUAAAGUCGGUACUGUAAAGUGGGAACGCCAAGUGAUGCCAAAACCAAGUGGACAGGAUCCAGGUAAUUAUUACUACAAUAACUGUACAAUAUUUUAUACAUUUCCAAACAAUAGUUAGUUAAAGAAUUUCCUAAAAGACUAAAUGAGUUUACUAAAAGUAUGUACUGCUAUUACUGGUUUAGCAGUUAUGGCUCUAGUUCCAUCCCAAAAAGUUGGGAUGUUGUGUUAAAAGCUAAUAAAUGUGAAUACAACCAGAAUUCAAUGAUUUAUAAAACUUACAAACCCACAUUUUAUUCACAGUAGAGCAUAUAAAAAUAUAAAAAAAAAAAAAAGACAUGGCAAAAAACCUAGAACACUAUAAGUACUAAUAAGAUAAUAAUAAAAAAACAGCUUCAAUAGGAGCAAUUUAUAUCUAAGGGAGUUUUUGUUUGUUUCUCGCGUUUUCACCUUGGUUUGGUUUGUUUUCACACAGACAAAAACCUAAACACAUCAAAAUGCACCCCAACAAUCCACCUGAUCAUGUUUUCUCCAAGCAGGUAAAACUAAGCUGAGAAUGACGUCUGGCUCAAGUUAACAGGGUCCAGCUAAACAUUACAAUAAACCUUUCCAAAAAAAAGUUACUGGUUUGGCAAUUACGACCGUAGUUCUAUCUAAAAGUUAGGACAUGGUGUAAACCUUUAAAUGUAGAUACAACCAGAAUGCAAGGAGUUCUAAAUCACAUACACGCACAUUUUAUUCACAAUAGAUUACAAAAUACAUAUCAGAUGCUGAAAGUGAGAUAUUUGUGCAUUUCAUGCACAUCCAUUCAGAGAGAUGUUAAGUGUUAAGUGUGUGUCACAUUAAGAAAUAGUGUGAACAGCCUAAAAUAGACAUCAGAUUUAUAAAAAAAAAAAAAAAUAUUAGAAUAAGUAUAUAAAAAUGUACAACUCUGCCGUGACUGAAUAACAAGUUUUACAGUGAGGUUUGGGAAAAGCUCAACUGCAGCCUGAACUCCUUUAUAGCUCUUAAUAUUCUGAAAAAGUUGAAACCGAAACUUAAUGUGAAGCGCUGCUGUUUUGUGGAUAUGUCACACAUCAUAAACAAGUAUGUGUCACAUUAAAAAAAAGUGUAAACCUAAAAUUAACAUUUUAUUCAGCCAAAAAAAAAGGUAGGAAAAACCACAUUUUAGAAGAUUUCCAGCUAAAAUUUCCCACUUUAAAGUUAGAAUUUCUGAUAUGGGAGUAGAAAUGGAGCACAGCAUCAGUACUGAGGAGGAUUCUAGGCUUCCAUCCAGCUUCCUGCAGCUUUAAACUGAUCCGUGUUGAAACUCUUCAGCGCAUGAGAGCACUACUAAACCCCGUCACGCUUCAAACACAGAACCUCAGUCUGAGAGAUUCAGCACCAUGAGUCUGGAGACCAGUAACUGUCUACGGGACUUUCAGGAGGAACUCUCGCUCUUCAUCCACUCCAGCUUUCAUUCCUGUUGUCUCUCAUUCGUCCCCACAGUCAGACGCCUCAAGAUGAGUGAAUGAAUUCAUGAAAUUAUCAAUUUAUACUUUUCAGAAUGCUUUCUAGGAAUGAGGAUUGAUCGUUUUUCUUUGGCAUGGUAAGACUGAUCUUGGAUGGUCAAGGUGGUUGGGAAAAUGAUGCUCAAUGCUAUCUUACACCCCACCAUCAGUCUAUUUUCACUCCUUCCUCCUGUCUGGUUUAAACAGCAGCAGAUCUUCUGAAUAUAUCUACACUGAUGGGCGUGGUGUUCUGGAAAUGAGGUGUGUUCAGGUACAUUUCUGACAGACGUCAACAGUCAAAGCAGCAGUGCACAAACCCAACUUUUACAUCAACAAUAAACAGAAUAGUAAAUAAAAUAACAUUGCUGUUCCCGUAAAUGAGCUGCUGGAGCUCCUUCACAGCGUCAACCAGCAGCUCAGUUUCCUCUGCUGAGAAGAGUUUGUUGGACACGUCCAGGUAGCUGCAUCGUUAAAAUAGCAAUUCACCAAAGUCAGAGCUCACCUGAUCUACUCUUAAAGAGAAUGAUGAGCAAGAGACACUCUGACUCAAAAUCAACCACACCCAUGAUUAAUUAAGAGAAUUAGUAAAUUUUCUAGUACAAGUACUUUUCCCGUCGUUACGAUAGCAAAGACACACUGGUUAAACACACCCUAAAUCAAGCUGCACGAUGUGCAGUUCAAGGCUCACCUAUAGAUCACUAAAAUAGGGCCAAUAUAGUAUAUAGUCCAUUUCAAUAUAUUUAACUUUAUACUGGUGAAAAUCUAAGAUACUCAACCAACUUGACCAUCCUGAGGUUUCCGUGCUGUUAUUUCAGCAGGGACGAGUAAGUGAGUUACAGUAAGGUGUUUUUAUGUAGUGGAUUAAUCCAUAAGUAUCAAUAAAUCCACCAGUAGAUCAGAAUAAGAAGAUAUUGACCUGGUUCAAAUGAUUAGAUGAUCUUAAGCAGGGUUUUUGUAGGAAAUUGACAUUGUUUAACCAACAAAGCACAAACCAAUGGCAUUUUACUGCAGUUAGAUUUCCUUUAGUAGCUUAAAAGUCCUGAAACUUUAAUAUCCAAUCCUAUCAGAGCUCGUUUCAGUACUCAUCAUCUCCACUGAUAAACCAUAUAUUUCACUCUAUAGUUGUAUAAUAAUAAUAAUUCCAGACUGUAGUUGUUUUUGUUUUUCUAUAUUAUAUUUUACUUUUCUCCUGCUUAUUUUUACCUGUUCUUCAAUACUCAGAACCCACAGGAUAGAAAACCACCACAGAGCAGCUACUAUUAUUAUUAUUAUUAUUAUUAUUAUUAUUAUUAUUAUUAUUAUUAUUGCUAUUAUUAUUUGACCCUGAUAAUAAUCUGUGGUUACAAGAUCGUUUUCUGAAUGUUACAGUUAACUCUCUAACAAUUAUUUAACUUUAUUUAAAAUUUUUAAAUGUCCUGUGGACGGUGUCCCGUAGCCUACGUCCCAUGGGCAGUGUCCUGUGGGUGGCGUCCUGUGGACAGAGUUCAGUGGGUGGUGUUCCAAGGGUGGCGACCUGUAAACGGAGUCCCAAGGGUUGUGUCUUAAGGGGUUGUGUCCUGUGGGUGGUGUCCUGUAAACAGAUUCCUAAGAGGUGGCGUUCUGUGGGAGGCGUCCUGAGUGCAGUGUCCUGCUGGCAGUGUCCUGCUGGCAGUGUCCUGUAGGUGAUGUCCUGUAAUCUCUAUCCUGUGGGUUUUGAGGAUAAUAAUAAUAAAGUAUACAAAGAAACACAAACACAACUACAGACUGUAAUUACAUACAACUAUAUAUAUAUAUAUAUAUACAACUACAGAGUAAAAUAUGUGAUUAGUUUUACUACAGUGCUGAAAUUGAUUGAUUAAUUCCUUAUGUUUUUGUCUAAAAAUGACAGAAGGUGAAGAGCUUCAGGAUUUUAAGGUUUAUGCCGUUUGCCAUUAUCCUGCAUUAUCCUGUUCCAUCACUGUUUUUAUGGAUUUGAUCAGGUAGAGGUCUGGCUGUGUUGGGAAAUGUUUGAGGAAAAGUUUCUAAUGGAAAAAUGUAUUUAUUUAUAUCAGUUUCAGGACUUAGCUACCCAUGAUCCAGUUCAUUUUUUUGUUUAAGCUUAUUUAUUGCUGCAAACAUCUCUGCAUUACUGCAUUACCUCUUGUUGCCAUAUAAUUUCCUGUGACCUUCUUUGCUAGAGUUGUAGCUGCCAAACUAUAUAAGAAACUGUCUGAAACUGUCUGUGGAAUAUGGAGCUAAACAGCUGCCUCAAUGCCUCACAGCCUAAAAGCCGGAAGUAUAAACAUCUGCAUAGGUGCAUAGGGCGCUCGCACAGGCUCAUAGAGAGAUAUAUUAGUCUUAUGUCAGCACCUUAGAAGAUACUUACAAUUGAAUUGCAUUUUAGAUGCAUUUUGAAGCUGAAGCUAAGUCCCAGCUUCUGCAUAAAUGCUGGAUUGGUGAUAAAUCUGGAGUUUCCUGUGCUCCUCGUAUCACUACUACACUGAAAAAAAUAAAGAGUAAAAUUUACUUUAAAAAACGUUUUGCAACGUUCUGCAUUUGCUUUAAGUAAAUUUAAUUUCA